AAUGAAGUGACGGUUACGCAACAGCGGGUGAGCGAGGCCUUGUCAUUGAAAGAAUUACUUUAGAUGACAGGUACCUUACCUAGCUCUAGUUAUUGACUUUGCAAUUGAAUCUCAUAGGGAUAUAUUCAUACCGCGGGGAUUACUGACGCUUCGGAUAUACAUCCUAGGACUGUGUGUAUGUGGAUACAUACCUGUUGCGUGUAGUAUAAACUUCCUACCAAUCACAUUAAGCUUUAACUGAAGUACCAAAGGGCGCUUCUGUGUAGAUGGAAUAUGUGAUUAGUGAUAUCCUACGUACCAGAAAGUCGGUCUAUUUACGUGCCUCUCCACUUCAUAUCUCCACUACCGGAGGUAUAAGAACUCAAAUAGCUCCCUAAGAGAUUUCUCGAAACUUUGCGUGUGUUAGCUUUAAUUUCCCUAACAACUGUAAUUUAGGUCGCUAGUUACCUCUCAUUCGCAUCUUUUGUGUAUGAAGAUGGCAAGCCGUGAUAUAGAGCUCGAGGCCAUUUCACAUCCUACUGCUAGGAUUGGAACUUCGACGACCCCAGAUGAGAGCACGACUCCGCAGGCUGAUUCGCAACCCGAGGAUGCCAGACAAGAAUUCUCUUUACCGCCCGUAGAUGGAGGGAAAGACGCAUGGCUCUUCUUAGCAGCAUGCUUUGCAAUUGAAGCCCUGGUUUGGGGCUUCCCCUUUGCUUUCGGAGUGUUCCAGGACUACUAUAGCACCCACGAACCUUUCGCAGGCUCGCCGAAUGUUGCUGUCAUCGGUACCUGUGCGAUGGGUAUCAUGUACCUUACUGCCCCUCUUAUGAUGGGACUGUGCCGUAUCUUUGUUCGCUGGGCUCGGUGGACGUCCUUAGUUGGGCUAUUCACUAUGUGUCUUUCACUUGCCAUGAGCUCCUUUUCAACUAAGGUCCCGCAUCUUAUCGCAACCCAAGGUAUCCUUUACGCAAUUGGCGGUGGUAUCGCGUACUGUCCCUGUAUCUUGUAUAUGGACGAGUGGUUUGUACAGCGUAAAGGCCUCGCCUAUGGCAUCAUGUGGAGCGGUACGGGGAUCGCGGGAGUAGUUCUGCCUCUCCUAAUGGAAUUUCUCCUUCACUCCUUCGGCUUCAGGACAACGCUGCGGCUAUGGUCUGGUGUGCUCUUCGCCUUGACGGUCCCGUUAGCCUUUUACAUCAAGCCACGACUCCCCCAUUCGGCUAGAAGCCAUAUGAAGCCUUUCAACCUAGCGAUGUUUGUGAUGCCGACGUUUUGGUUGUAUCAAUUAGCCAAUGUGGUAGAAGCGAUGGGGUUCUUCUUGCCAGGCAUCUAUCUCCCUAAUUACGCUCGCAGUGCUCUCGGCGCUGCAUCAUAUAGCUCAGUUACUACAGUCCUUUUGGUGAAUGUUGCUUCAGUCUUUGGCUGUGUCGCCAUGGGAUUUUUCAUCGAUCGGUUACACGUCACCACAUGCAUACUGUUAUCGACGAUUGGUGCAACCAUCAGUGCGUUGGUUAUAUGGGGUUUAUCAUCGUCUCUCCCGCUUUUAUACCUCUUUUGCGUCGUCUACGGCCUAUUCGCAGGGUCUUAUACAUCUGCUUGGCCGGGAAUUAUGAACGAAAUCGUUCGAAAGGGAGAGGCAUUAGGCCAAGGCUACAUCGACCCGAGCAUGGUAUUUGGAUGGCUUGCUGCUGGCCGGGGAAUCGGAAACGUGGUUUCGGGACCGCUGAGCGAGACUCUAAUACAAGGUUUGCCAUGGAAGGGGAACACGGCAGCGUUUGGCUACAGUAGUGGUUACGGCAGCUUGAUAGUGUUUACUGGUGUGACGGCCUUACUAGGCGGUGCGAGCUUCGUCUGGAGACGAUUGGGUGUGUUGUAAAGUUGCAUCUUAGAUUAGGUAGCCACCUACCUAGAUACGAUCUGCAUAUACUACCUUGUAGGUAGGUAAUACGUGGGUGAUAGGUAUAAUAAGUGCAAGUCAUACGAACUCCGAACUGAGGUACUGAGGUACUGAGGUGUGCUUCUCAAAUAUAACAACGGUGAUUUAGAGCGCCAGAUAUCAAUGUCAAUUGAUAUCUAGAAUUCCUAAUCUGUUGUUGUUAUUGUCUGAUUGAUUAUGAACAAUUACGAAAGCUAUCGUACAAGUAAUAUUCUAUAUAAUAUAGUAUAGGUUAGGUACA